UUAUUUGGGAUUGAUUAAUUCUUCAAUUGGGGAAUGGGAGCUAUGAGCAAACCCGAUCCGAAUCUCUUUUCAUUUUUUUGUUACCUGUACCUCGUCUUCCUUUAAACUAGGGGUGGAUUCAAACAGAACCGAGCUUAAACACAGGUAAACUUGGUAUCAACUCGAUAACUGUUUAUUAGAACUCAAGCCACGGCUCGAGCUCGUCGAACGUAAUGAAAUUGUAAAAUUAAUCUUCUAUGUAUGAACCGCAACUGUAAGGGGGAGUUUCUGAUAUUAUUCAACUAAUUGACCAAAACUUAUCAAUCAAUUUCAAUCUCGAAUUGUCCGAAUCAAUUAAAGCUUCAAUAACCAAAUUGGGGUCAUUAAUGACUGAAGAACAAGAGAGAAAGAAGAGGGUUGUGGCUGAAUCGCUGGAAUGGCUUACGGAAUCAUCAAUCAUGCCCAAGAAACAACGCUCAAUCGAAGGACUGGGUCCAUCUUCUAUCUUAGAACUCAAACCCCAGCUCUAUAAAUCCCAGGAAGAAUCCAAAAAAUCCAAAGAAUUGAUCGGUCCUGAUGUUGAGUUCCACCGCGCCAAGAAGAAGAUUACCUCACGUGAUUCCUUCUCCUCCAAGAACUCCGGCGUCGAAGCCCGCGUUCUCGAAGACAAGCUCGAGUUGAAAGCGGUGAAGGAUGGGUCGGCCAGCUAUGCGGCACUGGAAAGGAAGGCUGAGUUAUAUGAAAAACUGGUGGAGGGAGAAUUAUCGGAUAAGGAAGAUAAGGAGAAGUAUUGUGUGGACUUUUUUCGUAAGGGUAUGGAACAGGAAACAGGGCAGCCUCCUCAAGCUGAUGAUGUUUCUGUCACCGUAGCAGCACAAGUCGAAGCAACUGAGAACGAUGCUGCUUCUAUGCUUUUUGACAUAAAAUUUGUAGCACCGGGUAGAACAACUGGAACAAUGGAUAAAAAUGAACAUAAACAAUUUGUGAGGUCCAAGGUUUAUACUGUAGGAAGAACCAGAGAGCGGCAGUUUGGGAAGAACAUUUGGCAAGAAACAGAUUAGAGAAGAGGAGACAGAUGGCAAGCCGCAGCCUGAAGUAGGAGAGACAGAAGAAACAGACCAGCAUGCACACAAAGGGGACAUUACAGCGGUACAGCAUAAGCAGGGGACCAUCCAUAUUUGCAUGGCUGAUGAGGCCGCAGCUGAGCAUUGGUGUGACAUUAAUGCAAAAGGAGAGAAUGAUAUAGAGCUCGACGUGAUAAGCAAGAGAGAAGAGUGGAUUUUGAAAGAAAAGUGGUAGAUGGGAGAGUUCCAGCCUCUCGAAAGCUGGAGGGAUUUGGCUUGAAUGAUUUGAGUCGUUUUGUUGAUUGUAUUUGCUGUUUUGAGUGUUAUUCCAGUUGUCGGUUACUACAUUUUGGCCAUUUUGAUUGUUUCCCUGUUACAUGUAAAAGAGCUUAGAUGUUUUCAGUAA